GGCAUCCACGGCGUCAUCCAUAGCGCAAUGCGUCACACUAUAUUGCAGCUUCCAACAUAGAUUAUGUAGAGUUUAACAGAAAAAUAUAUGCAAGAGUUUAUGACGUGAGAAAUUUCGGGUCUGCGAGGACUGCAAGGCAGAGUGGUGUAGGAUGUGUAGAACAUUGGAAGACAAGACAGCUGAAGUGCAUGGGAGUGGUUUUUAAAAAUUCAGCCUGUGGUAGAGGAGUUUUAAGUUAAUAAAAUUAACAUUUAGUCAUUUGAACUUCGUAUUUUACGGUAUUUUUUAUUACGCCUUGAAACUUCGUACACUGUUGUAGAUGUGUGAACAAAUUUUGUGUCCUGGUUGGUAGCAUUGGUAGCACGGAUUGGAGUGGAUUUGUGGCAGGACCGGCAGGACCAUAUGCCAGUAUGGUGCUCCUGGAAAAUGAGGUUUUUCUGAGUGAACUGACGCGAAUGUUUCGGAGAGCAAGAAGCCAUGGAUCCGUUGUCUUGACUAUGAAAAGAUAUGAUGGCCGAACGAAACCCGCACCACGAGAAGGACGGAAGCCACUACCUGAGCCAUCUGAGUACAUGUGCUUAAUAAGAGCUACAUUAAGGACCCAGAAAAUUAGCACUGUCGUACACCCAAAAGAUGUAAACAAAUUUCAGCAGGCAUACUGCAAUUUGCUCAAAGGAAAUUUGGAUGGUUUGAAGAAACUGAAGAAAACAAAAACAAAAGCAAAAGCAACUCAGUGAUUUGUUCUGUAAAUUAAUGGUUUGUUUGCUUCUUUCUCCAAUUACUGCACAUUAUUUUUUCUAUUUGCUUUAUUCACUUUCCCAUUGGUGAGACUGAAACCUGUUCUGAUAGUGAUUCUUAAGGAAUCAAAUGUCACGUGUUGUCAUUUUAUACAGUGUGUUUCUGUAUAGGAAAGAUGUAUUUAUUCGUCACUGUAUGGACUUCAUUACAUGACUAAGAGAUGUUGACAUAAUAUACUGAAUAUAUUGAUGUUUAAUAUGAGUACAUUUAGUUCAGACAUACAAAUUUUAUUCUAUUUUUAUAUUGCAGAUUAGAUCUUGUGUAUUAUGAUCUGUAAAGAAUACUAAUACAGUGAACCUUUGGUUUUGUUAACCUGGA